CUUGGAAUUUCCACUUUCGGUUUGUCACAAACUAUUUGAGGAUGUGCAUUUGCUUCCGUAAAUAAUUUUUGGCGGAUAUGAAUGAUAUCAGACAAAUUUUGCAUAAUGAAUAAAGAAAAAAUACCAAGAACGCUGCCAAAAAAGGGAGAAUCUUCGACACACAUGAGUCAUGUAGGAAUUCAGACAAUUGAAAAGGAAAAUGCCAAAGUACUCAUAGCACUUUUCGAAGAAGACCUGAAACGUUUUAAUGCAGCAGAUGACUGCAUUACAAUAAAAAUCGACAAAGCAAAUCAGCAAGUUAAAAUCUCCAGCAACAAGGGUCCUCCUUACGCGGAAAACAAAAAAGAUCAAAUCAUCAAAAUGUGUAGUAAAGUUCAAAACGAUGUAUUCAAAGUAGAUAAUAAUAGGGAAGAUGAAAUUGAAAAGGUACGUAAACAUCUAGAGAGUAAUACAAUAUACUUCACGGAAUCUCAAGUAAAUAAUGCCCGCCUGUUUCGAAUGAAGACGAGAACAUCAUCGUUAAUGAAAAAUUGCAUGUCGGAGCUUAAUCAAUUACUUGGACGACAAUUCGAAAAAUCGCUAAAGGGAAAAUUAGUUGGAGCAACAGAAAUGAAAGUAUUAGAAGGAAAGUGUGUGGACGAAGAAGCAAAAGUAAAAAGCUCUCCUCAUCAAAACAUCUCGCAGCGAGAUCAAAGAAACGUUCAAACAAAACAAAAACAGGAAAGCUCAAAAAACCAAGCUGGAUCUUUGCGAACAGAGAAUGCUACUCUUGUACACAAGAAACCCUCUCAUACAGAAAGCAAAUUAGAUGUACCGCUUAAAAAUGGCUUGAGAUUCAUGGUUUAUGUUCAUGAUAUCACCUCUGCAUCUGUCGAAGCUAUAGUUAAUCCAGCAAACGAGGAUUUAGCCAACACGGGCGGAUGCGCACAAAUCAUAUCAACUGCAGCAGGGCCAAAGUUUGAAUCAGAUUGCAAAAAAAUAAUAAUGAAAAAGAAAAGAAUUAAAGUAACGGAAAAUGAAAUAUCCGGACCGGGAAUAUUGCCUUUUAAGUGCAUCAUCAACACUGUGGGUCCACAGUGGGCAUCAUAUGACGACAAUCACAAAUUGAGUUGCUUGGAUGAUCUCUAUUUCACUAUUAGAAAGGUCUUGGAUACAUCGGAAAAAGAGAAAAUUAAAUCUGUUGCCAUACCUCCAGUUAGUUCAGGUAUAUUUGGAGUUCCCAAAGAACUGUGUGCCCCAAUAUAUGUUCAAGCCAUCGUAGAUUACGAUUUCAUGAAGAAAAAAUGUCCCCAAGAGGUUCAUUUAGUAGAUCUUUCCGAUGAAGUAUUAACCCUUACUUGCAAAGCAUACCAAUCAUAUACAGAAGACCCAAAACUGAUCAUGCCGAAAGCCAUUCUGAGGAAGUACCAAGAGAAAUUCAUCAAAGAAAAUGCUUCAAAACAAGCAAAAACAUCUGAAAAAGACCCAUCACAAAAUAUUUGCAGAUUUCUAAAACAUGACAAUAAAAAAGCUAUUUAUGAGAUGGGAAGCGGAGUGAAGAUUUUGAUAUACAGAGAUGAUUUGGUAAUGUUGAAAGGAAUUGGAACCCUUGUAUCUGCCGAAAACAGUGCAUUCACAGGAAGUGGCGCAUUAGCAAAAAGCAUAUUGCAGCGUGCAGGACCGUCCUAUGAAAAAAACCAUAAUCAGGUGCGUCGUGACUUAAGAGAUAAGCGUUUUGCUAAGAAUACUCUGAGAACUCUGGAUGCUGGAAAAUUAGACUACAGAUUUGUUAUUAACGCAAUUGUGAACCGGUUUUCGGAGGAUGUUGAUCGUAAAGAUGACGAGUUACUUGAUCUCAAGAUGACAACGUUUAAAGUUCUUACACAUGCUGAUUACUUGUGCAGAAAUGAGAAGAAGUCAAAGAAUCUCGAAAAAAUAGCAAUGCCACUGUUAGGAGCUGGUGUGAUAAGAAAUCCUCGAAUUUUAGAAUUGUUGUGUUUCUGUGUAUAUCAAGGAAUUCAAGGAUUCUUCAGUAAUCCCAGGGCGUUAAAAGAAAUUCAUCUGGUCAGUUUUAAUGAUGAAACGCACAGGGCUUUCACAAAGGUUUUUAUGGAUGUUACCUCCAACAACUUUCAAAGAUAUCGAGAUCCUCCGCCAACAAAACGUCCGUUGUCUGCGUCGUUAAGAUUAACGGAUGAAAGCCAAGAAGAAAGAGCCCCCGUUGACGUUUGGAAAAUGGAGAAACCAAAUACCGAUACACGGGAUUUGAAAAAAUAUUUAACAUCUCCAACGUCGAAUACGGAUGACGAUGAUUGCAUUAUCUGCUUGACACCAUUCAUAAACCCGGUGUCACUAAAGAGCUGUCAUCACAUUUUCUGUGAAGAAUGUAUUAGCGAGUUCUUUUCACAAAAACCAGUUUGUCCCAUUUGUAAUACAAUGUACGGGAAAAUAUAUGGCGAUCAACCUAAAAUUGGGACCGCCACCAUUUUCAAAGAGAAAAUACAACUUCCUGGAGAAGAUUGCAAGGACGCUUGGGUUAUAAUGUAUGAAUUUCCAGAUGGGAAUCAAGAGGAGUGUCACCCAAAUCCGGGAUAUCCCUACAAGGGGACCCGGCGGACGGCCUAUUUACCCGCUAAUGAGAAGGGUACCACUGUUCUACACAUGCUGGAGAGAGCCUUUAAGCAGGGCCUGACUUUCACCAUUGGUUUCUCUAGAACCACGGGACGUAACAAUGUCGUGACGUGGAAUGACAUUCAUCACAAAACCAGGAGGAGCGGCGGACCGGAAAGGUUUGGUUACCCUGACCCUGAUUAUCUUGAGCGUGUUCGAGAGGAGCUAGAAGCCAAGGGGAUCACGGUUCAAGCGGAAGAGGGUAAACCUGGAAAAGAUAAAAAGUAGGGGAGAAAAACUAACCUCCAUACAAACCUUGAGCAUAUCAUAUGUGGAUUAUUUUACUUUGAAUAAUGGAUCAUGGAUUGGUUUUUUGAAACCUUUAAAAGUUGAGAUUAUAUUGUUUUCAGUCACCGGAUUUUAAUCAUGGCAAAUAUUAGAGUUUGUAUUGUUAUAUAUACAUGCAAUAUUCACUUAUUAUAUAUUGAAUUCAUAUCGUUUAUUUUCUUAAAGUGCACAAAUAGUUAAACAUGUAUUACAGAUUAUAAAUGUUUUGAUUUUUUACUUUGAUUACAGUUUAGACAAGUUAACUUGUACAUUAUUUUUAGCUCACCUGAGCUGAAAGCUCAAGUGAGCUAUUCUGAUCACAUUUUGUCCGUCGUCCGUCUGUCUGUCCGUCUGUAAACUUUUUACAUUUUGAACUUCUUCUCUAAAACCGCUUAUCCAAUUUCAACCACGUUUGGCACAAAGCAUCUUUAUGGGAGGGCGAAUAUAAAUUGCAGAAAUAAAAGUCCGAUCUGUUUUCAAAGCGGAGAAAACCUUGAAAUUGUAGAAAAAGGGGGGUGCAUUUUUAAAAAUCUUCUUCUCAAGAACUACCGAGGCAAAUUCAACGUAGUUUAGCAUAUAUUAUCCUUAUGGGAAGGAAAAUAUAAAUUGCAAAAAUUAAGGGGUAAUUCUGUUUCAAAUCUGACUUAUUACGAAAAUAAUAAUAAAGGAAAGGCGUGUUUCAAUCAGUUUAAUAGCUUCGGGCUCGGCAUCCGGUAAAAUGGGUAGGCAAGACUUGGCCAGGGCAAAACAAAAGAUUGGCAGUUAUUAAACUGCCAAUUUCAUUAAAAUUUCAGGAUAUUUGAUGGACCAGUAUAUUUGUAUUCGCUGUAAAUAUUGCUGCAAAAUAAUGCGUAUUUGGAAUUGACGAUUGCCGAUCUGCCCCGGCUUUUAUUUUGCCACGGCCCGGGUUUGCAUACCCAUUUUACCUAGACUCGUAUUCCAUACUUCUAAAACGAGGUUCUUUGUUUAAAGCAGCCAUGACAUUAUACGAAAAAGGGUCGAUCUGACUAUAAUGAAUUUGCUUGUUGUGCAACAGUUCGCGUAUGAAGGGAAAUUUUGAAACAUGCAAAAUAUAUUGGUGCCGAUUUUGUGAAGUAAAUUGAGGCUAAAUAUUUCAAUGCGUUGACAGUUUUCACACAUGACGUUGGUGUUCGCUUGUUCUGAUUUUCGUUUCGUUUUCAUUAUUUAUGCUUUGUAACCUGGAAACUAUCGUCUGUAUUUCGUGAUUUUUACGUAUUAAAUCAAACAGAGACUUCGGUAAAUCAAACAGUUAACUGUUUACGUGCGCAAAUUACAUGUAGGCAAAAUCUGAUGAUGGGGUAGGUGCCUACUGAAAUACAAUUCAUUCUAUCGGUAAUUCGGCAUUAUCUUUUGCGUAAUGAUAGAUUAAUGCAAUAGGUUUUGUUGAGAUGCUCGGCAUUUUCUCGAGUUUAUUCAGUUUAAAUAGAGUUUGAUAUCGCUGACGGAAAUAUGUAGGUAUAUACAUGUAUUUAUAUGAUUCUUUUCGAAAAAAUAAAUUGUGUUCUUUAUUUGUUAUACAUGUAGUGCAUGUUUCUUGUGUUUAAUUGUUUACAAUUUCUAUUUACUAACCAUAUUUUAGUGUUGAGCUUCGAAUUAUAAGCAAGAUACAGAGAUUUGCUCACAAUUCUAUGUUUGUACACAGAUCUUAAAAACUAAAGAUUAAAAAAGUAAAAAAAUUGUCAAUAUUUAUUAAGAAAAUUUUCAAAGUUUGUUCUUCCAGAAACCAACUUUAACAACUUAUUGUAUUGUAAACUUAGCCUUUUUAGCUCACCUGAGGGUGGGACCACAAUGGGGGGUCGAAGUUUAACAAAUGAAUAUAUAGAGUAAAUCUUUAAAAAUCUUCUCAGAAACUAAUCGGUCACGAAAGCUGACACUUGUGUGGAUGCAUCCUCAGGUAGUGUAAACUCAAAGUUGGGAAAAUCAUGACCCCCGGGGGUAGGGUGGGGCCACAAUGGGGGAUCGAAGUUUAACAAAGGAAUAUAGAGUAAAUCUUUAAAAAUCUUCUUCUCAGAAACUAAUUAGCCGGCAAAGCUGAAACUUGUGUGGAAGCAUCCUCAGGUAGUGUAUAUUCAAAGUUCUUUUAAAGUCGUGAAAAUAAUAACCCCUGGGGGUAUGGUGGGGCCACAAUGGGGGGUCGAAGUUUAACAUAUGAUUAUAUAGAGUAAAUCUUUAAAAAUCUUCUUCUCGGAAACUAAUCAGCCAGGAAAGCUGAAACUUGUGUGGAAGCAUCCUCAGGUAGUGUAGAUUCAAAUUUGUGAAAAUCAUAACCCUGGGGGUAGGUUUGGGCCACAAUGGGAGGUCGAUGUUUUACAUAGGAAUAAACAGAGUAAAUCUUUAAAAAUCUUCUUCUCAGAAACUAAUCAGUCAGGAAAGCUGAAACUUGUGCGAAAGCAUCCUCAGGUAGUGUAGAUUCAAAGUUGUGAAAAUCAUGAUCCCCAGGGGUAGGGUGGGGCCACAAUGGGGGGUCAAAGCUUAACAAAGGAAUAUAUAGGGUAAAUCUUUAGAAAUCUUCUCAGAAACUAAUCAGUCAGAUGAUUCUUUAUAAUUGUUAAGACUAAGGGACUAAUGUUUAUAAACAUAAGAAUAUCCAGGGGAAAAUGGAUUUUAUUUAUACAUGAUCUACAUGUAUUAUUGUACAUUGUCCAGAUAGUUUGUAUUAUGACUCCAUUAAGCUGAUUUUAUCAAACCUAUUGUUCCUCAGGUGAGCGAUGUGGCCCAUGGGCCUCUUGUUUUUUUUUAAUCUUAGUCGUUGACAUUUAAAUUUUUUGUGGUAUGAAGGUUUUUUUUUCAAAAUUAGAAUUCUUCUAGUAUGUUUUGUUUGAUUUUUUGUUGUUUUAUUGUUAUAUGUAGUAUUUUUCCAAGUUAAAUUUUUCACACAAAGUGUUUGCAUGUUUACGUAUGUGCACGUUAUAUUAAAAAUAUAAUAUACAUUUUUUGGUUGGAUUUCUGUUACCUGAUUAAAGGCCAAUUAAGCUUUU